AUGAUCAGCCGCCGCUCGGUAACGCUAGCUACCGGCCUGUCGCUCUUUGCCGCGGCUCACAUGUCAAGCAUCGCCACGGGAGGUGGGCCGGAGCCGCCGGGCAGCCUGGAUCUCCCCGCCCCCCCUCCUGCUCCUGCUCCUGCUCCUGCUCCUGCUCCGCGGCGGCUUCUGCGGUUAACCUCAGUCCCUGGAUCCGAGCAGCACCGCCUCAAUGACCUGCUGCUGCUGAGCCCCGAAGGGCCGCGGAGUGAAACCGGCCAUGUGGUGUUUUUUCCCGGUGACAUUCAGAACUUCCAACAGGAAAUGGCACUCCAGCCCGAUGCCGCCCCCUGGCAGUGCUGGAGUCUGGAGCGGGUGGCUGUUAUGCUUGGUGCACGCUUUCCCGGGUGUCACAUUUGGGUGAUCCGUGCAUCCCGCAUGUACUUGCACAAGUUCAGCUGCUACCAGAACUUUGUGGAAAGUAAUCUGUUCGGCGCUCCAGAGCACUCUCCAGACUACGGAGCACUGCGCCACCUUAGAGGUCUUCUGGGCCACGGUAUGGAGCGGGCGGGCCUCCCAAACCCCUUACCCCCCCUUGGAGGUGCUGCAUUCCUCCCUCACGGCUUCGCAUUGACAUUGGUAGGCUUCAGCAAGGGUUGUGUGGUGCUCAAUCAGAUGGUGUAUGAACUGGCGGGCGCUAAGACUGACCUGGAGCUGCAGCCAUUUCUCAGCAGCAUAUCAGACAUGUACUGGCUGGACGGGGGGCACCCUGGAGGCAGCGAGACAUGGGUGACUGAUAAACGAGCUCUGGGAGAGCUGGCAACCUGCGGAGUGACCGUGCACGCCCAUGUCACACCCUACGAGGUGCGAGACCCCAUGAGGGCUUGGGUGGGGCGGGAGCACCGCCGCUUCAUCAAGGCGCUGGAGGAGCUUGGUGCCUGCGUCACACACAGGCUGCACUUCGAAAACGAGCCAGCAUCCAUCGACAAUCACUUCCGAGUCAUAAAGGAGUUUUGAUUGUCACUCAGCACUGUUUUCUUCAAGUCUUAAAGUAAAAGCACAUGUAGACCAAUGAUAUGUUUGGUGAGCCUAGGAUUAUGGGAGGUAAAUUCUGCCAAAAAUAAAAAUGAAAUGAAAAUACUAAUAUGAAAAUGCAAAUAGUGUUUUGUGCUUUCUUUUUUCAAAUGUGUAAAAAUAUUAUGAAUAAAUUAAAAACUAAAUUAAAUUUAUUUGCUAUUUCUUUUUAUUGCCAUGGGUAUUUCACAGUCAAAAAUCUGACAUUGUGAAAAAGAAAAAUCUAAACUUUACUUUGGCCUUUCUUUUCUUAAUGGACUGCAUGAGAGUUUGUAAUUCAGUUUUUGGCUUGGACAGUUCUUUAAAUGUCAAAAAAAAAUGUAUCAUCAGCAGAUAGCGCCAAUCAUCCUUUUUAUUUUGACACUUAAAAGUGCUGUCCAAGCCAAAAACUGAAUCACAACUCAAUUUGCUAAGGAUUUUUCCAUUUUAAUUCUGUCAGACAUGCAGCCCAUUGCAAGAAAAAAUAAAGAAAAACGCUACCAUUGCCUUUUGCUUUUAGUUUUAAAAUGUAUUAUGCUGUUAAUCAAGAAAAGGUAAAGCCAAAGUGAAGCUUUUAUUUCUCUUUUCCCAAUUAGCUUUUUCAUUUUAGAUUUGACUUUGAAAUACCCAUAUGCUAAUGAAAAUGAAAUGGCAACUUAAAUAAAAUGAAAAUUAAUUUCUCGCAUAUGACCCAUGCUUAAGUGAAAAUUUUAAUUGCAAAUGAAGUGUUUUCACUUAUUUUUCCAUUUUGUUAUGUUUGAAAAAAGAAGCGCACAACAGUAUUUGCAUUUUCAUUUAGUGUUUUUAUUUGUGGUAGGAUUUACCUACAAUAUGGGAGUUUUGCUCUGGAGCUACGAGGCUAAUGUGCGUAAAAAGUAUUGUGUGCAAGCUUAUAUUCCACCAGUUUUUAUAUUUAAACCAUUCAAACUGCAAAUCCAAAUAAUCACAGACUUAACAAGGUUGAGUUGUCAAAUACACUAAAAUGGACCUGAUUAUGUGGUUUCUGAUUUUUGUUCCAGUAAAAAUUAUCUAAUAUAAGGUAUUUUGCCAAUAAGAUACAGCUUCUCCUGCUUGGGACAGCCUGCCUACAAAAGAGAAGCUAUUUAGACCAAAGCUCUGGAUGGAAUAAGUUUUCUUUAUAAUCAUUAUUCACAUCACUGGGAAUUUUUUUUUUCAGGAACUAUAUAUAUAUAUAUUUUUUUUUUUUUGGAAUUUUCUACGCUUAUAUCUGAAAGAUAUAUUGAUACAUGGACAAGCUCAGCUUAAAUGUAUGUAUUAGAUGGGUAUAUUUCUCUAAAUGCAUUCUUGUAUAUGCUGCCCUGAUUCAUUCAUUCUUUGUCUGUUAGUUCUGACACAACUGAAUGUAUAACGGUUCUUAAGCUGAGGCCUGAUGCCUCUCAAAAAGCUGAAAUGUUCUCUUUCAUUUUCAGAAGAAUUACUGUACAGAGCUACUUAAGUUUCAUCACCUGCAGUAAGACAUCUGCUCCUGGCUAUUCUGGACAAUUUUAGCAAGCACUUUUACUCCAUCGUCACAGUUCAUUGAUUAAUACUAACGAUUGUAUAUAAGCAUGGACACUGUGGUUCCGUUCCCUUCUGUUUUGUAAAAAUGAAGCCAGAAUUGUUUGCCAUGUUUUGCAUGUCACCAAUUUGCAACCAGUUUCAAUCAGUGCAGUAGAGAGUAGUGGUAGGGCCAGACUCGCCUCCUUAGACUGCCAUCAUUGAGUUUACCGUUCGGCCUAAAGAAAAAAGAGGAUUAAUUAAUUAAUAUCUAUCAGAUUACAGCAAAUUUCAGUACCGGAAGCUCUGUUAAUCGAUGAGCCAGCAUGCACCAGUGAUUAAUGAAGAUAAAAUAUAAUGCAUCUAACUACACUAAUAUUAGCAUACUGGAUAACAACUAAUGAGAUCAUUUUGGCUCUUUUACAUCAACAACAAACUUGAUGAAAAAAAAUGGUGGAAUUAGACACCAGCCACAGCCAGCCAGCAGGGGCACUACACUUGUGGUGUCUUCUCCUUUGAGGAGUUUUCCUCUGCCUAUGCUUGUAUACAGUCAAAUUUUUUUUUUGUUUCUUUCAAAGGGAAAAGUUAUUUUAUGUUCUGAAAUCAUUUAACCAGUAUCUUAUUUUGUGUUUAACUUGAUUGCAUGGCAGAUUGUAAGAUCGGAUCGCAUUUAGUUGUUGCGAUACAGAAUUCUCCAGAAAUGUGUGAUCUGACAUGUCAAUGUUAAUAAAACUUUUAUAUAUCAAGAGUAAUAAUAAUGACAUUAAUGUCAUUCAGAAUUGUCCUUUUGCAGAAAAAAAAGUAGCAUGACGUAGGAUUUAAUUUUGACUACAUUUAGAAGACGAUAUUAAAACAAUGUAUCAUGCAGCCCUACUAGGCAGCUUAUGCACUAGUUUUAAAUAUAUCUAAUAAUUUUAAGUGUAAGUACAAUGCAUUGAAUGUUGUAUACUGAAAAAAAGGGAAAUGUUAUAUUUUGGUGAGGUUAUUUGAGGUUAUUUUAUUGCAAGUUUAUUACAGUUGACUGAAAAAUAAUGUACAAAAUAGAAAAAGUUGAUGUUUUUACUUUGACAAUUUGCAGUGCUUGAAUUUUGUAUCAUUCCCUAUGUUUAAAGAAAUGCAAUUUUGUCUUUAAUUCAGAAUGGCUUGUUGUCUUACUUCCUUUUACUAUGAUAAAGUAAAACCAGUUAAAAUUAU